ACCAUAUACCGUCUUGGAAAUGUAGUUGUGUUUAUAUAAUAUUAUAACAACGACAGAAAAAAACGAAAAUAUAGUGACAAAUCAAAUAAAACAUGAGACGACUGGUGCUGAUAGUAAUGAAACAUAGUCGCGUUCUGAUAAUGUGUGAAUAAAAUAAACAGAUAAUGUUGAAAUGUUCGUAGUCCAAGGUGCGUAUUUGUGUGGGCUGUAAACACAACCACAGUCGAACAUUUUCAUUCAUAUGAAAUUGAAAAAAAAAACGAUUAUACAUAUAUUUUUUGUAUUUAUUCGUCUAUUCCGGUCGAGUCAGCGUGCUGGCUGCUUCAGUUGACUUUCGCGUUAUAUUGCGAAUGGUUGUAGAUAUAAUUUACUCAAAAUUUUGUGUGAACGUAUUCAGUUGUUUUGUGUUUAAUUCACAGUCGUGCUAAUUCUAAAGGUGAAUUGAUUUUUCUCUUCGUUCGCCCGACCACUGUUUGCUCUGCGCAAUUGUGUCAAUAUGACAAACAAUACCGGCAGCUGUUCGUUAUAAUUCGUAUCAAAGAAAUAUUUCGCGAUUUUCAGUUCGAAAAUAAAAUUUCUGAAUCGAUUACGUAUUUUCAUCGCAAAAAAACCUCUAAACAUAUUUUUUGGCCAACAAAUAAAUUCAACGUGAUUGGCAUGUGUGUCGUAUGCUAUUUGUUCGCGUAUUCAUAGCUUUCGCUGAAAAAAAAAAUUGUGCGAUUUUUAACGCAAAAAAAAGUCGUUAUUUGAUGGCAAUUUUUUUUGCUGGUUAGAUCGAUUUUUAUUUAUAUCGAUGACCUUUGGUUCCAUUCGUUGUUGUUUGAUAACAUGCGAAUCGGAUUUUAAGCAAAUAGAGACAAAGGCGCACAUACCAAACUUAAAUUCAUACAUUGGACUACGUUGCUAUACGCAUGAAACGUAUUCUCAAUCAUACGUGUACACACUUAGUUGGCACUCUUUAUAAUUGAUUCAAAUAAAUGUAAAUGUACUUUCGAACGAAAAUUGACAAUUUCCUAUAUAGAUUUUGAAUGAGGAAACGCCGAUCUAAUUUAAACACCGAUCGCGUGACAAAAUUACUUUAAACAAGUUUUUUUUUUAAAUCUCAAUUGAACAACGAGAUUUCAGUUUAACUGGCGAUGAAAUGAAUAAUCCCCAAAACAUUCAUUACUCAAAUCAAUGUGUCAUGUGCAUUACAAUCAACGAAAUUAUUUACUAUCAAGGCCAGUCACAAUAGGACGAAAAUAUAAAUACACGUCAAAAUAUUGGCUACCGAAAUACGAGCCACGAAUCGAAUCCGAUUUAAAUUCCAUUGACUCGUGUAAUUUCAAUUAUUUUUGAUGAGUACAAUUAUGCAUUGAUUUUUCUUGGGUAGAACAAGUUUCGCUUUUGAUAUAUCCGUAGGCGAUUUGUUGAAAAAGAAAGAGAAGUCGUUGAAAAAAAAAACGUUAUAAACAUUCAAAAAAAAUGUCAUCUGGAGGUCCCACAUUCCACAAUGAAACCCAUUUUCAAAUCGUUGAUUAUUGUGUGUUCUCAGCUAUGUUGAUUUUGUCAGCCACCUCAGGCGCAUACUUUGGAUACAUCAAGAGACACAAAGAGAAAAAAGAGAAACGAAACCCAGCACCGUCGAUACAUGAUGGGGCAUCGAAGAAGGCGGCCAGUGAUUUUGGCUCGAAAUCGUUGAAUGAAUAUUUGUUGGGCUCACGGAAAAUGAAACCAUUUCCAGUGGCUAUGAGUCUUGUUGCCAGCUACAUUUCAGGUGUGACAAUUCUCGGUACACCGGCGGAAAUUUACAGUUUCGGGACACAGUACUGGCUAAUUAUCGUACCAAUUAUAUUGAUGGGCUCCACCGUAAGCUCCGUGUACCUACCUGUUUUCACAACACUGCAAGUCAGUUCAUCAUAUGAGUAUUUGGAGCUACGAUUCAGUUCAACCGUUCGUACAAUAGCUUCGGUUAUGUUUGUGAUAGAUGAGAUUCUGUUUUUGCCAAUCGUUUUGUAUGUUCCAGCGUUGGCAUUCAAUCAAGUGACGGGUGUAAAUAUCUACUUAAUCUCUGGCAUCGUGUGUGCAGUCUGCGUGUUCUACACAUUUGUUGGUGGCAUCAAAGCUGUAGUUUCAACGGAUGCAUGGCAAGUGGUUGUUAUGUUUAUAUCGGUCGUUGUGGUCACAAUGCUUGGCACCGCCGCCACUGGAGGCUUCGUGAAUAUUUUCGAAAAGGCCUCCGAAGGGAAUCGCCUCAUUUUAUUCAAUACCAACCCAUCAAUGUACGAGAGACACACCUUUUGGAGUAUAAUGAUAGGCGGUUUUACUUACUGGACAUCAUUUAAUUCCGUCAAUCAGACAAUGGUGCAACGAUAUAUGUCGCUGCCGAACUUAAAGAAAGCACGACAAUCGAUUGUGAUAUUUGUGCUGGGAAUUAUAAUCUUUAUUUCGUUCUGUUGUUAUGCCGGUGUUUUGAUUUAUGCCGCAUUUCAUGACUGUGAUCCAAAGUUAGCCGGAUUUGUUGAGAAUGACGAUCAAUUGUUCCCGUUUUAUGUAAUGCAAACGGUAGGCAAGCUCCGUGGAAUACCUGGAUUGUUUAUUGCUGGCAUCUUUGGAGCUGCUUUGAGUUCGCUGUCAGUAAUUUUAAAUUCGACGGCUGGAGUUUUGCUGGAAGACAUAUGCCGAGGAUGUUUCAAGAGUAAACCAUCGGAGAAGGCGUCAACCGCUAUAGUCAAGGGCAGUGUGUUAGUUUUGGGUGCAUUGUCCAUGGUUUUCCUGUUGAUUGUGGAAAAGCUGGGAGGUAUUUUGGAAGUGGCCACCUCGUUGUCAGCUAUUGCAGCUGGAACAACAUUCGGUGUAUUCACAUUGGGAAUGCUUGUGCCAUGGAGCAACAAUGUAGGUGCCAUUUGUGGGGCAAUUAGCGGUGCGUUUAUGUCUGGUUGGAUUUCAUUUGGAACACAGGCAGCGAUAGCCUCUGGAGCGAUUCAGCCACAUCGAUUGAACAUGUCAAUAGCAGGGUGUGAUGCAUUCGCAAACGCAACGACGUCUCCCCAACUACCACAUGACGAAUCUGAAGUGUUUCCAUUGUAUCGGCUGUCAUUUAUGUGGAUCAAUCCAAUUGGAAUUUUGUCAGUAUUAAUUGUGGGCAUGAUUGCAUCUUAUGUCAGUGGGCCACAAGAUCUAAAAAAGCUUAAUCCAGAUUUGAUCUCGCCGGUUAUACAUCGUUUUCUACCCGAUGAAUGCUUUCGUGUCCAAGAGGACAGUCGAUGUGCAUCAGCUGAGCCCACCACCGAAUUGUUCACUCUAAAAAUUGGCGAAAAUAGUAGAUACAAUGACUGCCAUGAAACACACAAUAUGGAAACUACGUCCUAACAUUGUUAACUUCUAAAGUACAAAUACUAAUUUUAUACACUGGUUUUCGAGAGCUAUUUCGUUUUUGUGAAAUGCCAAAAACAGGAGAGAAACCAAAACUGGGACCUACAUAGCACACCCGUUCGUUUUUCUUUUGAUAACUUAACGCAUUUUUCAUUCGAACAAAUCAAACACACUUUAUACUUAAUUGAUGUUAAAACGACAAAUGUUUUCAAGCAUAUUGUAGUUGCCAAUGUUUAAUGUCAUUGUAAAGAUUUUCUGUGAUAUUCCAUAAGUAAUUUCUGGUAUGAAAGAUCAAAAAAAAAUAAACGUUUCUACAUGGUCUAGUGACAGUAGAAAAGAAAUAAA